GGCGGUUGCAUUUUUCAAUUCAGUUGCGUUUCGAUCGUCAACUCGGCCGGUAGCCUGAAAGUGCUUGUAGUUCCAGACACUCCGUCAAAGUGUUGUGUGGUGGUGUUUUUUUUGUGAUAGCAAGAGGACAUUAGUUGACUCCUUCGGUGGGGUGUAUUAUUACUAGGUCCGACUUGCUGGCGCGGUUUACAGUGGGUACCUGCGUUUGAAUUUGCGGUUGGAAGCACGACGUUGAAGAAGAAGAAAAAAACGAAGCAGCAAAGGAAUAUACGUUAAUAUACACGCCACGAGGAAAAGCAGAGACCGGACCGGGUAAUUCGAUCCCGCAACGAACAAAAGUGCAAUUUUAUUCCACCCAGUCGCAGUCAGUCAGUGUCUCCCCGAUUCCCUUGGAUGUUUUGAAUGUGAAAAGUGCGCUUGAAUAUAUGUAUGUAACCUACCUACAUACCUGACAUACAAUCGACAUACCAAGUUGUCUGAAACAAGUGAAGCCCGAAAAAAGUUUUUCUUCUUGCAUUAUUUCACCAAUAAGUGCGUACACGACGACGUUCCAUUCUCAAUCAUAUAAGUCAACUCGCCGGAAUAUACAGUGUACCAGAACAUUGCAUGUACAGUGAUUUUUCGACAAAAAUUGCAGGUAUACUCAAGUGCAUACAUUGAGAUAACGACGAUCGAUCGGAGCGAAGACAUACAGACAGAAAGUCGAUCAAUAAACAUAAGAAAGCCGCAACGUAUUCUUGGGAAAAUGAUUGGAUUACCAGUGGAAGGAUCGUAGCCGCAGCAUCACUUCGCAACCAUUGAUUGGCGGGAAUUGUUCAGUGGAGUGAACGAACGAACGAACGAAACCUACACUGCGUUUUGCCGAACUGCCGCCACCGAAAUUUCGGGAAGCCAUCAUAACAACAUACUCUUCGGUUGAGUAACAAGGAAAAGAAAAGAUUCCCUCAAGAGGAAAGCACGCUGCCACAGAUAAGAAGAGGCCAGCAUCAUCAUGACAAUUAAUACGGACGACCACUACGCCGAUAAUGAAAGCAAGAGCAACAUUACCUCCAGACGUUACAGCACCAGCAGCUAUCAGGAUUUAGAUGAUGGUAUCAAUCAUUCGCUCGGCAGCAACGACAAAUCCACACUGAUUCAGGUGUGGAAACCUAAAAGCUAUGGUGCCGUCAAGGGACAAAUUCCACAGCAUGAACGGCUCACAUACACGUGGAAGGAGAUUGAUGUGUUCGGUGAGACGCCCGGUGAUACCAAAAAAGAACCCCUCUGCAGUAGAUUGUGUUCGUGCUUUACCCGCCAAAAGAAAGACUUCAAUCCACGGAAACACCUGCUGAAGAAUGUGACCGGCAUGGCGAAAAGUGGGGAGUUGCUGGCUGUGAUGGGUAGUUCCGGUGCCGGUAAAACGACCUUGCUCAACGCUUUGUCCUUCCGAUCACCACCUGGGGUAAAGGUGGCGCCUACUUCAGUACGAGCUUUAAACGGGAUCCCGGUCAACGCAGAGCAGCUGCGUGCCCGUUGCGCCUACGUGCAGCAGGACGAUCUGUUCAUCCCUGCGUUAACGACACGGGAACACCUUGUAUUCCACGCAAUGCUUCGAAUGGGCAAAGACGUCCCCAAGAGUGUCAAAAUGAACCGAGUCAACGAGGUGCUUCAGGAGCUGUCAUUGGCCAAAUGCGCAGAUACGAUCAUUGGGGCUCCCGGGCGUAUGAAAGGUCUAUCCGGAGGGGAACGAAAGCGAUUGGCCUUUGCAUCGGAAACCCUGACCGACCCGCACCUGUUGCUUUGUGAUGAACCCACGUCCGGGUUGGAUUCGUUCAUGGCCCACAGUGUUCUACAGGUGCUCAAGGGGAUGGCCCUCAAAGGAAAGACAAUCAUACUGACCAUACAUCAACCUUCUUCUGAGUUGUACUGUUUGUUCGACAAGAUUUUGCUAGUGGCGGAGGGGCGCGUAGCGUUCCUUGGAUCUCCCUAUCAGGCCUCGGAAUUUUUCUCACAACUUGGAAUACCCUGCCCACCAAACUACAACCCGGCCGACUUCUACGUGCAGAUGCUGGCCAUUGCACCGAACAAGGAAGCCGAAUGCCGAGACACGAUCAAGAAAAUAUGCGACUCCUUUGCCGUCAGUCCGACCGCGCGCGAAGUCAUGGAGGUGGCCAACUCCGGGAAGAACGUCGAGGAACAGUACUACCUGCAACCUAUGGAAGGAUCCAGCCGGACGGGUUACCGGUCGUCCUGGUGGACCCAGUUUUACUAUGUGUUGUGGCGUUCGUGGCUAACGGUGCUCAAGGAUCCGAUGUUGGUGAAGGUUCGACUGCUCCAAACGGCGAUGGUGGCCACCCUGAUAGGGUCGAUCUACUUCGGACAGCGACUGGAUCAGGACGGUGUCAUGAACAUAAACGGAGCGCUGUUCCUGUUUCUCACGAAUAUGACGUUCCAGAAUGUGUUUGCCGUCAUCAACGUGUUUUCCGCCGAGCUACCGGUGUUUCUACGGGAGAAGCGUUCAAGGCUAUUCCGCGUAGAUACGUAUUUCUUGGGGAAGACCAUUGCCGAAGUGCCACUGUUCUUGGCCGUUCCGUUUGUGUUCACCUCGAUAACCUACCCGAUGAUUGGACUUAAGAGCGGAGCGAUACAUUACCUGACGGCACUUUUGAUUGUGGUUUUGGUUGCGAACGUGGCGACGUCGUUCGGUUACUUAAUAUCCUGCGCCAGCUCCUCCAUCUCGAUGGCCCUAUCAGUGGGCCCGCCGGUCAUCAUUCCGUUCCUGAUUUUCGGAGGCUUCUUCCUAAACUCUGCAUCGGUUCCGUCCUACUUUGAAUACCUGUCCUACUUCUCGUGGUUCCGCUACGCUAACGAAGCCCUACUGAUCAACCAGUGGAGUACCGUGCAGGAAGGGGACAUAGCCUGUACCAGAGCGAAUGUGACGUGCCCCAGUUCCGGACAGAUCAUCCUGGAGACGUUCAACUUCAAGGUGGAAGAUUUCGGGUUCGAUAUCGGCUGCCUGUGUGUGCUGAUUGUUGUAUUCCGACUGGGAGCCCUGUUUUGCCUGUGGUUGCGCUCGCGGAGUAAAGAAUGAGCAGUUUGAACAGAAGAGCUCUCUAUGCAAUAUACGAAUCCAGUGAAAAGUAAGGAUGUCAUCAAAAGAAACCUAGUUUAGUCAUGAUUUUUAAUUUCGAACAGUUUGUACCGAAGGAUCUUUGAUUCGCAAGAAAUGUUUGAUUGGAGCUAGUUCAAAAAUAGGGAAAACGUAAACCAAUAAUGCUAAAAACAUCACAU